AUGGCCUACAGAGACAUAGAAAGGGAUGAAAAGUAUACCGCCGAUCAACUCGAUGCCCAAGCCGCAAGAGGGGAACCGCCGACUGCGGUGAACGGUCCCAUUAACGGAACCAACACAUACAACGGCAAUUUUGGAUCUCGCUUUCAAACCGUCUUCGAGGCCAAAACUGGGUACCAUCUUCGCCUGGUCAACGCGGCCGCUGACAACCGCUUCCGCUUCAUGAUCGAUAACCACACCAUAGAAGUCAUCUCCAAUGACUUUGUAUCUAUCGUUCCGUACAACACAGCGGACCUACGCAUCGGUAUGGGCCAGCGCUAUGGUGUUAUCGUUGCCGCAAAGGGUCUGACUAGCGGCAACUUCUGA